GACGAUCUGCGGGACGCCGAACUACAUCGCCCCCGAGGUGCUGAACAAAGAGGGGCACUGCUUCGAGUCGGACACCUGGGCCAUGGGAUGCAUCAUGUACGCGAUGCUCGUGGGCCAGCCCCCCUUCGAAACGGCCACCCUCCAAGGCACCUACUACCGCAUCAUGCACAACAAGUUCAUCCUCCCGCCGAGUCUUUCCCCCGCGGCCUGCUCCCUCAUCAGGGAGCUGCUGCACCCGAGCCCAGAGGCGAGGCCGGGCCCGGCCCACAUCCUGGGGCGGGAUUUCUUCAGGGCGUUCGUGCCCAAGUCUCUGCCGACGUCGAGCUGCCAGAAGCCGCCCAAGUUCGCGUCCAGCGUUCUUGUUACCAGGCCCCAGUCCAGCAACCUGGAGGAAGGCGGUGGCGGCAGCGGCGGGUGGAACGAGGAGAUGCACCGCAUCAUGUCCUGCGUCCUCUCCCUGCGCAUGAACAAUCACCAACCUUCUUCUUCCUCUUCGUCUUCCUCCUCGAACAAGGGUCCGGCCUCGACUCGCAAGCCGUCCCGAGCCAAGGGUUCGAACGGGCUGUGUCGGAGUCAGAGCCUUCGAGAGAUGUCGGAGAAGCCGUCUGUGAUGCGUGUGAAGCCGGACGUCCCGGCGCUGAUCUCAGACUCGCCCGGGAGCCGGUCCAGGGCCGCGACCACAAGGCACAUGCUCCGCUGCAUCCAGCGCUGCCUGGAGAAGGGGAGGGGGACGAGGACUCCCGUCCUGGUCAAUCACACCCCGCCUUUCAUAUCCAAGUGGAUCGACUACAGCAAUAAGUACGGGUUCGGGUUCCAGCUGUCCGACCGCACCGUCGGAGUGCUCUUCAACGACAACAUCCGAAUUUCCUGCUCGCCCGACAAGAGUCUUGCAUCUCGUGCACGCACACCGAUAACUUUUCGGGAAAAUGAUGGAUGUGCACACCGUGUGACGGAUCGCAGGAGGAUCGAGGUUCGGGACGUGCGGGGGAAGCACUCGGUCCACUCCACGUCGUGCGUCCCGUCCAGCCUGAGCGAGCGAUUCACCCUCCUCAGGUACUUUGCUCACUUCAUGGACGAGAACCUGACGGAGGGCGGGGAGGUGGGGAGUCCAGUCUCGCCCUCGGCCGCGAGUCUUCCCUUCAUGGAGCGGUGGAGUCGGUCGCCCAAGGCCAUAGUGAUGCAGCUGGACGAUGGCACCUUCCAGAUCAACUUCUUCAAGGACCACACCAAGAUCGUGAUCUCAGGCACGAGCAGGCGGCGGAUGGGGCCGGAAGAGGCCGGCGUCGAAGACGAGGAGGACUACCUGGUGAUGUACGUGAACGGGGAUCGCGUGAGCCAGACCUUCCUCCUCUCGUCGAUCGCGGAGCACGGCUGCGAGGCGGCGGUGCACGAGAGGCUCGCGUAUGCCGUGCAGCUCCUGUCCGAUUUCGCCGACUGCGAUGCUUCGAGGCUGUGAGUGGCUGGCUGGUUUUUCGGAGCGGUGGAUCGUCCCCCAGGGUGUGUGGAAUCUCAGAGGAAGGCACACACUGCCAGCCGUGAUACCGUCGAGUGCUCAAUGCAGUGAUACGUGUGACCCUGGAACACGCCGUCUACUUACUUUUUUUUUUUUUGGUCUUGGAGAGAGAGAGGAUUCCGUUCCUCGGAAGUUCUGGUCUUUUUUUUUUGGUAUUCGUUCGGUCUUCCACGGUAAUUUUUUUUUUGUCGUCGUCGUGCGAUGCCUGAUCUCGGGGCGGUUUCGUGCGGCGUCGAGUCCACGCCGCCCGCGUUGCAAUAUCGGGUCUGUCUUCCCGCUGUGUGCCAAGUUAAUUUUGCCGACUCCGUGGAAAAAUGGGCGAGGAACGCGUGCUAUCUACACCCCCGUAGCAUCGACCUUCGGCCGAAUCGAUCAAUCCAUCGAUCGAUGACCUGUGAUACGCCGGAAGGGAGUGUGUUUUUGUCAUCGGAAUUCUCGUAGCACGCAAAAAAAAUUUUGCCCAGUCUCGGAGAGAGCAAGCAUCCCAAUCAGAGGGUACCUGUGCCUUUUUUUUUCGUGCGUGUAUCUUUUUUUUCUAUUCAUGUGCAUUGCAACCGAGGGGAAAAGGUGAUCCGAGGCCGGAUUCGUCGUUUUUGGCGCCCCCUUUUGUGGGGGGGAAGUUCGUAGUUCGGAAAGUAGUCGAAAAAAAAGGGGUCUGGAGUGGCCUAUCCCCUGCAUGCAGCUCACUUAUUUCCGUGGAGUCUUGUAAUUAAAUGUUCCCCGGAUGAGAAGAGAAUUCUUUGUUUUGUAUGAAACCAGAAUUUGGGCAUUAAAAGACUUGUUGCAGG